UAUAAAUAAUUCAAUAAAUAAAUUAUUACUAUUAUCAUUUAUUUUUAACAAAGAAAUCUUUAUAAAAAAAAACGUAACAAUCUGAAUAUUUUAGAAAUAUUGUUCUUAGUUCAAUAGUGGAAUUAAUUAAGGUACAACCAUAUCAAGCUCUAUAAGUAAUAGAAAAUGGCGUUUAAAAAACAGACUGUUAGGUUUUAUAUAAUCGUCAUAUGGUCGUUGACCAUAGUAAACCAAAGUCUUUUUGUAAAUUCUGCACCAAAAAAAAAACCUCCAAUUUCAAAGGAAUUAUAUGAAUGUAUAUUAGAAAUCACUAUUACAAAUGAAAUGGUGACUUCAUUAUCAGAUGCCCAUACAGAUAAUCUUCUAUUUCAAUGUGUUUCCAAAUGGCCAUAUGAAAAUUUAAUAAGCAAUCUUAUUCCAAAAGAUAAUUCUAUAAGCAAUCAUAUUCCAAAAGGCGAGAAUAUCACAAGAAUAAUAGCCAAUGAAGAGCAAUUGCAAAGAGAUAUACAUUCAGUUAAUCCAAAUGCCAAUAAAAUAAACAAACAAGAAGCGAAGGGUUCAGUUCAUUUUAAAGAAACAGAUUUUUCCGAUGCGACAUUUUUCCGAAAAAAUUUUUUACUAAAGAAAUCAUUUAAUAGAAUAUAUACAAUUCAAUUAGCCAACAAUAUGCUGUGCCAUGAUGACAAUGAUGUAAAAUGUAAAACAUUAGGAAUACUCUUAUUCUGUAAAGAUAAUAAUGUAUUCAAUCAAAGAGCAUGGUGCGACUUUGCUAACAAACAAUGUAGGAUUGAUACAAUUGACAGCACAAAUACUCAAACAGAAAAAAUUUACUACGAAACAAUGAUAAACAACGAACUCUAUACAUUUGAAAUUAUGGAUGGUACUCAAAAAGUCGUUAAUUUCACUGAACUUAGUAAAGUUUAAGUUUUGAUUGAUUUUAUUAAUUGAUCAUAAUUGUAAAAAAAGAAUAAAUAAAAAUAUAUUAAUUUCAAAAAGAAUAUUGUAUGAAAUUCUAUUAUUUAUUUUAACA